AAUGCCUUCGACUCUAAUUUUAUUAUUACUCAUUUACUAAAAGUUUUUCUAUGAAAAAGUAGAGUAUGCUUUCUGACUUUACACAAUAUCACUUUGGAUCAUUAUCAGAAUGUUGGAAAGAAACUUAGAUACGAUUUGAAAGAAGCUAUUGAAUGUAACAAUAUUAAAAUAGUUGAUCCGCUGGCUGAUAUAGUUGAAGGUAUCGGAAAAGAAAUAGAGGUAAAAUUAACAUAUUUUGAAGAGUCUAAAAUGCUAAAGUGUUUGUUUCUCUCAAUAAAGAAACAUAUCGACAACUAUUGCUCUUUGAAGGACUGUCCAGUAUACUUAGUGAUCGAUGACGUUAGCCAUUUUCUAGACUUAGCAAUAGAUUUGUCCCAGAUAAUUAGCUUUAUCAACUACUGCAUUAAUUUAACGAACAAUGAUAAUAUUUCUGUUGUGAUUAAUGCACAUGUUGGAUCAAAGAAUGACGAAAUUGUAGCCAAAAGUGUUCAGCAUAUAUGCGAUGUUUUUGUUGAAAUAUCGCAAUUAAAAACCGGUAAAAGUACAGACAUAACUGGGUUAAUGACCAUACAAAGAGGUGAUAGUAUAAACAAUUAUCACUACAGGACAUUUGACAGAGGUGUCAAGACUUUCCACCCUGGAGAAACCAUAUACAACUUGUAUAAAUAAGCCUUAACAUAUUGGUUCUUUAUAUUUU